UCCUUUGCCUGUCCUUUGUAUCACAAACCCUGACAAAAAAAAGCCACACAUUCAAACAAUAAAUCACCCACACAACCUUUGACAACAUUGCUUCCAUUCUUCAACACAAAUCUCUCUCUCUCUCUCUCUCUCUCUCUCUUCUCUGCUUCAAAUGAAGACCAUUAUGGCAGCCAAAUUUCCUCAUGACUCUUCCUUCUCCUUCUCAAGGAGAUAUUUCCAUUGGAAGAAGAAAGCAUUGGACGAAGAAGAUGAUGAUAACGAGGAAGAAAUGCUCAACUUCUCAACUUCAUCCUCACACUUCCUAGACGAGAAACAACAAGAUUACAAUCACCCACUUCAAAUGUCAUCACGACAUGCUACAAUGACCACCGAACACAAGAAAAAACCCAACCUUUCCAAGUUGAAGUCAGCCCUCACAGUCUUCACCAAGCGUACCCAGCUGGGUACGCGCGUGGUGGGAACGCUCUUUGGGCACCGCCGCGGCCACGUGCACUUCGCCAUCCAAGAAGACCCGAAGGCGGGGCCGGCGUUCCUGAUCCAACUGGCGACACCGACAAGUGUGUUGGUCCGUGAAAUGGCGUCGGGGCUGGUGAGAAUCGCGUUGGAGUGCGAGAAAAAGAAGAGCGAAAAGAGUAACAGUGGUUUAAAGUUGGUGGAGGAAGGUGUGUGGAGAACGUACUGCAACGGGAGGAAGUGUGGGUACGCGAGUAGGCGGGAGUGUGGGCCUGAGGAGUGGAAGAUACUGAAGGCGGUGGAGCCCAUAUCGAUGGGAGCAGGGGUUUUGCCGGUGGAAGGGUGUGAAGAAGGUGAGGUUAUGUACAUGAGAGCAAGGUAUGAGAGGGUGGUGGGUUCAAGAGAUUCUGAGGCUUUCUACAUGAUGAACCCUGAUGGAGUUGGGGGUCCUGAACUCAGCAUUUACUUGAUCAGAGUUUAACACAAAACAUCAUAUUCAUACAAAUUGUUUAUGUGCUUUUUGAUGAUGACCAUGAUUAUGAUGAACAUCACUGUCUUUCAUAAGUAUAAACUUUGCUAAUAGUGUAUGUUUUGGAUUCCAUGGACGGACAGCAGAAGUUGUAUAAUUUUUCUUCUUUAGUGUCUUUUUAAAUUCUUAUGUUUUUCUGGGUAAUUAGCUGGUACCACCAAACAAGGGUCCCAUUAAGUCGGAUUCAGGUCCAAGGAUUAGUCAAUUUCUCAAGUGUCCUCCGUCUCUUCUUCUACUUCUCGUCUGUGUAAAAUCAACCCAUAUUUUUCCUUUAGCUUUCAAUCCACGCCUUUGUCUCA